UACAUAAAUUGCAUCAUUAAUUAAUCGAAAAAUGUAUGAAAUCAUUAAUUAACUGUGUAUGUAACGUUAAUAAAAAUUCAUAAGCAAAAAAAAAAAUAAUCCCGACAAAAAAGAAUGGUUUUAAACGCUCGAUGUCGAACAUGUGGUGAAAGUUUCGAACAUAAACCACAAUGUCCAUGUCUAUUAGGUCGACAUGUGGUAUUUCAGCAUCCUUGCACAAAUAUAACACAUUUUACAUGCAAAUUAAAUCCGGGACCUGAUUUUAAACGAUUCAAUUGUAAGAAAAAUAAAAAUAUUCGUAAAAUCAUUGAAUGUUGGAAACCAGGAAGUUCAUUACUUCAUUGUCAAAAAUGUUGUAAAGAUGUUUCACCUAUUAUUCGGAGACGCAGAAAUAGGAUUACAAGAACAUUUUGCGGAGCUUUAAUUGUAUUAGGAUGUUGGCCUCUAUGUUUUUUACCUUGUAUUUUAAAUUGUUUCGACCAAAGCAACGUAUAUUUAUAUUGUCCAUGUUGUAUGCAAUAUUUAGGUAGAUACAGGCGACGCGAAGGCGUUGUAAUUAUGGAAACUACAGAGAACCGUCCAUGUUGUGCUCGUAAAAAAAUGCGUUAA